AAUAAGUUACUGUAAAUUCGUUCUUAAUCUGUUCCCCACGGGCUUGGUGUUAGGGUUUUGGAUUGCACUUUGAAAAGGAACUAUGGAAGAUUCGGCAACACCUUCAACUGCUUUGGCUUACCUCAAUCCUUCCUAUUGGGACGAAAGGUUCUCGAAGGAGGAGCAAUACGAGUGGUUCUAGGAUUAUUCCUAUUUUCGCCACUUGAUUCAACCCCAUCUGGAACUAUGGAUGUAUUGUUCGUGGACAGUGGUAACCCAUGGAAUCCAAAGCCUGAAACUAUAUCCAAGGUCAUGGCCACGUUGAAAGGUGUUCACGGGGUUUUGAAAGCUGGUGGCACAUUUAUCUCAGUAACUUUUGGACAGCCACAUUUCAGGCGCCCUAUAUUUAAUGCACCAGAUUUCAGCUGGUCUGUUGAGUGGACUACUUUUGGUGAAACCUUUCACUAUUUUGUCUAUGUUCUGAAAAAGGGACAGAGAUCGUCACAUGAUGAUAUUCCACCCGUUAAGAGGUUUGAAGCACGCCUAUUAAUUUACUUCAUGAAGAGUUAGAAAGUGAAGAUUUUGCUUUCCGAAUCUAUGUUGACGAGUUGAACUAUUAGACUGUAUUGUGUGUGAAGUUUUGUCAUCCAUUUCAAUUUAUUUUCCUUGCUGCAAUUUUAAUUCACUUGCUUCAAAAGAGGAAUGCAGUUAUCUUAACUAUUGGAUUUAGGCACACUGAUGUUGCACCGAAAUUGUAGUUAUACUUGUUGAAAAGUAAAUGAAACCAUCUCAAGUUGCUAUGAUU